AAAAUAAUAUAAUCUAUUAACAGCUAUACAAAGAUUUAAGGCGUUCAACCAAAAAUACUGUCCUCGACUCCUGAAUAUCCUCAGUCCCCAAGGGCUCGAGUGUUCCAAACAAGUAAUUUUUCCAAAAGUAUUACCGGACGUUCCUUGACCGUUUCACUCGUAGCUGUUAUCAAAGAAAAUCUAUUCAUCACACGAUCAUGGGAGCUGCUUUUCUACCAGUUUUAAUUUUUACUUCAUUAUGGGGUGUGGUCGGCAUUGUAUUACCAUUCCUCCUUCCCAAAGGACCAGAUAGAGGAGUUCAACAACUCAUGUUGAUGAUGACGGCAGCAACCUGUUAUCUGUUUUGGCUGUGUUGUUACAUGGCUCAAAUGAAUCCAUUGGUUGGUCCAAAAUUGAAUAAUCAUACGAUUCUUAUCAUAGCUCGAGAAUGGGGAAAUCUUAUUGAAGGAUGAGUCUUAUUUAAGUUUAAGUUAA